AUGAGUUCCAGCGAAGAAUCAAAGUCAACCUGCAGUUGUGGUACUUCAUGUACUUGUUCAAAGGAUCAAGGUGGUUGCAAAUGUAAUAGCUGCUCCAAAUAA